AGGAGUCUGUUGUCUGAAUUAAGCUGCUUUGGGGGGACUGUAUGUGCAGGACAAGAUUUUUUCCAUAGAUUCUUGUGAUAUUUCAGCAUCAACCGGAGAGGUUCCUUUGAGCAACCGGACGGGACAAGACAGAAGACCUAGGAAGCCGGAAGAUCUGUUGCCUACAAAAAUCCUAGCAUGAGGCUGAUUUUCAAUCUGUUCCUGGGAUGGUGGCUGACCCAGCAUAGGUGGAUGGCUGAAGGACAAACUUAUCGCCGACCUUCCAUCUCGGUGAAUCCCAGUAACGUAGUUGCUGUGGGGCAGAAUAUAAUCAUCACUUGCAAGAAGGAAGAGAACGUAAAAAGGACAUUCAUUUUCUAUCUAUACAAAGGAAAUGUGGAAAUGGAUCAUGGAGAUACAGACCACGAUGAGUUUGAAUUUCGUAUUAUCAAUGCCCAAGAAUCACACCAGGGGCAAUACAGUUGUGUAUAUAAAUCACUUUCCUACAAUUGGUCACCCUCCAGCCGGACAGUUGAUAUCUAUGUGCGAGCACAACUCUAUCCCAGCCCCUCUAUUUCAGUGAUCCCCAGUGGCCUGGUUGACCUAGGAAAACAAGUCAUCAUCCAAUGCAAACGGGAAAGUUACCAAAAUAUACUAUUUAACUUCUUCAAAAAAGGGGCUUUGGAACAACUAGUAAUCCCACUUGUAUGGAACUACUGGACUGGAUCCAUUAUUUUCAAUGCCCAAGAAUCAAACGGAGGGAUCUAUUUUUGUGACUAUGGAUUCUACCCUCACAACAUAUAUUCAAAGUUCAGUAAUAAAAUAUAUAUCAAUAUAACAGAUCCCACGGCCCACAAGCCUUCCAUCUACCUGGAACCAAAGAGACAGCAAAUGCUUGGUACAAAUGUCCAGAUCUACUGCCAGGGGCCAGAAGAUGAUCUGAACUAUUUCUUCUAUAAGUCAACAGUCUUCGUAACAUCCCAAAGGGCAAAACCAAACAGUUCCUUGGCUGAGUUUUCCAUCUCGGGAGUCAGAUUGGAAGACAUUGGGAACUACAGUUGUUGUUAUCAGCUUAAAAAAAAUCCCUUUAUGUAUUCAAAGUUAAGUGAUCCUCUGCAGCUGCAAGUAAGAGAUCCCAGCCUGAUCAAGCCUUCCAUCCAGAUUAUAAACGCAGAACAAGAUGCUCCAGAAGCAAACAUCUCCAUACGGUGUGAGGGGACAGAACCAGAUCUGAUUUUUGCUCUUCUGAAAUCAAAGCAGCAGAUAGAUUACAAGGCUGCAAAGCUGGGGGAAAGGGCAGUGAAUUUUUCUCUCCCCUGGGUGAAGUUGGAAGAGGCACAAAAUUAUACCUGCCAGUACCAGAACAAAAGCAGCCCCUUUGUCUGGUCAGUGCCAAGUGACCCACUGGAGAGGCCUCGGAAAGCUGCAUCCUUAAUAACUCUAUGGACAAGCAUUGCUGCAUUCCUUUUCCUUCUGGCUGUCCUCCUACUGGUACUUAUCCUCAUUUUAUACAGAAAAAGAAGAAAAGUACAGGUGUUCCUGAACUUACAGUAG